AUGGAACCCGGACAGCCUAGGGAGGCCCGCGAACCCGGGCCAGGGGCAGAGACCGCCGCGGCCCAGCGCUGGGAGGAGUCCAAGACUUUCUAUGACAAUCUCUCGCCCAAGAAGAAACCCAAAUCGCCAAAGCCUCAGAACGCAGUCACCAUCGCCGUGUCCUCCAGAGCCUUGUUCCGCAUGGACGAGGAGCAGAGGAUCUACACGGAGCAGGGUGUGGAGGAGUAUGUGCGCUACCAGCUGGAGCACGAGAACGAGCCCUUCAGCCCCGGGCCGGCCUUUCCCUUUGUGAAGGCCCUGGAGGCUGUGAACAAGAGACUUCGGGAGCUGUAUCCCGAUAGCGAGGAUAUUUUUGACAUAGUCCUCAUGACCAACAACCAUGCUCAAGUGGGAGUCCGUCUCAUCAACAGUAUCAACCACUAUGACCUGUUCAUCGAGCGAUUCUGCAUGACAGGUGGGAACAGCCCCAUCUGCUACCUCAAGGCCUAUCACACCAACCUCUACCUGUCAGCUGAUGCGGAAAAAGUGCGAGAAGCCAUUGAUGAGGGGAUUGCAGCUGCCACCAUCUUCAGCCCCAGCAGGGACGUGGUUGUGUCCCAGAGUCAGCUCCGCGUGGCCUUCGAUGGGGACGCAGUACUCUUCUCUGAUGAGUCAGAGCGCAUUGUCAAGGCCCAUGGGCUGGACAGAUUCUUCGAGCAUGAGAAGGCCCAUGAGAACAAACCUUUGGCACAGGGCCCCCUGAAAGGCUUUCUGGAGGCACUGGGUAGACUGCAGAAGAAAUUCUACUCCAAAGGCCUGCGGCUGGAGUGCCCGAUUCGCACUUACUUGGUGACAGCUCGCAGUGCAGCCAGUUCUGGGGCCCGGGCCCUCAAGACCCUGAGAAGCUGGGGCCUGGAGACCGACGAGGCCUUAUUCCUAGCCGGAGCACCCAAAGGCCCCCUUCUUGAGAAGAUCCGCCCACACAUCUUCUUUGAUGACCAGAUGUUCCAUGUGGCUGGGGCCCAGGAGAUGGGCACAGUGGCCGCCCAUGUGCCUUAUGGUGUGGCCCAGACACCCCGGAGGGCGGCUGCUGCAAAGCAGACUCUCAGUUCCCAAUAG